GCCGCAAUCAAACCAAGCGGAUUUGUGCUGGCCGAGCUGCCCGCGACCGAGCCUUCCCCGGGAGGGAGGGAGGUCUCCGGAUCAGGGGUAAAGAUGCCCGUGGUGUGGCCAACACUCCUGGACUUCAGCAGGGAUGAAUGCAAGAGGAUCCUCCGCAAGCUGGAACUGGAGGCGUAUGCGGGUGUUAUCAGCGCUCUCCGUGCGCAAGGAGACUUAAGCAGAGAGAAAAAGGACCUGCUUGGGGAGCUCUCCAAAGUAUUAAGCAUCUCGACGGAGCGGCACCGAGCGGAGGUGCGCAGAGCGGUGAACGAUGAACGGCUCACCACCAUCGCGCACAACAUGUCCGGUCCGAACAGCUCUUCCGAGUGGUCCAUUGAGGGACGGCGGUUGGUGCCCCUGAUGCCGCGGCUCGUGCCGCAGACCGCGUUCACAGCCACCGCCAACGCCGUAGCCAAUGCUGCCGGACAACACAACUCAUCCCUUCCCGACCCCGCGGAGACGGGCAACAAGGAAGUCGUAGUGUGUUACUCUUACACUAGCACUACAUCCACUCCCACAUCCACUCCGGUUCCCAGCGGUAGCGUGGCCACCGUGAAGUCUCCGCGACCGGCCAGUCCUGCGUCCAACGUCGUGGUGCUCCCGAGCGGCAGCACGGUCUAUGUUAAAAGCGUCAACUGUUCAGACGAUGACGAGAAGCCGCGGAAACGGAGACGUACCAACUCCAGCAGCUCCUCUCCUGUGGUCCUGAAGGAUGUCCCCAAAACCCCUACCCCAGUGUCCAAAACCAUCACGGUACCGGUUACCGGCAGCCCCAAAAUGAGUAACAUCAUGCAGAGCAUCGCCAACUCCCUCCCCCCUCACAUGUCUCCUGUGAAGAUCACCUUCACCAAACCCACCACGCAAACCACGAACACCUCCACGCAGAAGGUGAUUAUAGUCACGACCUCUCCGAGCUCCACUUUCGUCCCCAACAUCUUAUCGAAGUCUCACAACUACGCCGCCAUUACCAAGCUGGUUCCUACCUCGGUCAUAACGUCCACCACCCAGAAAGCGCCUGCGGUUGUCGCCUCCUCGCAGACCUCCGUAGGACAGACUCCGUCGAGCGGGAGCGUGGCUGUCACCGCAGUGGUGUCUUCUACGCCGUCGCUGGUCAUGUCCACGGUGGCACAGGGUGUCUCGACGUCGGCAGUCAAGGUGGCGACCAACAGACUCCCCUCUCCGAAGAGCUUGAUGGCCUCCCCCGGGCAGAUCUUGGCUCAGUUUCCGAAACAAUACCAGCAGUCCUCAAAGAACCAGGUUCACCAGGUGCCACAAUCGGCCACCCAGAUGACGCAGGCGGCUACAGUGUCUCACACAUCCACCGCUCUGCAGUCUCAGGUGCCCCCCGGGGUCAAACCUACCAUUCAGAUCAAGCAGGAGUCAGGCGUUAAGAUCAUCACUCAGCAGGUCCAGCCCAGUAAGAUCCUACCCAAGCCAGUGACCCCGGGGAUGCCGAACAGCAGCAAUGCUCCCAUCAUGGUGGUCAGCAGCAACGGGGCCAUCAUGACGACAAAACUCGUCACCACUCCUGGUGGUACUCAGGCCACGUACACGCGCCCGGCUGUCAGCUCGGCCCUGAGCGCUCGAAUGACUGCCACCCCUGGGGCAACAUAUGUGAAGACCACCAGCGGAAGCAUAAUCACCGUGGUGCCCAAGUCCUUAGCUACUCUUGGGGGAAAAAUCAUCAGCAGCAACAUUGUAUCAGGCACAACCACCAAGAUCACCACCAUUCCCAUGACGUCAAAGCCGAACGUUAUUGUGGUGCAGAAAACGACAGGCAAAGGGGCGACUAUCCAGGGACUCCCGGGCAAAAAUGUGGUUACCACGCUGCUGAACGCUGGGGGUGAAAAGGCUUUGCAGGCGAUGCCAGCAGGAACCAAGCCAGCAAUUAUCACAGCCACCCGGCCCAUCACCAAGAUGAUAGUUACCCAACCGAAGGGCAUGGCGUCUGCUGUGCAGCCGGCCGCCAAAAUCAUUCCCACCAAGAUAGUGUACGGGCAGCAGGGGAAGACGCAGGUCCUCAUUAAACCAAAGCCGGUGACGUUCCAGGCGACCAUGAUGAGCGAGCAAACCAGGCAGCUGGUUACAGAAACGCUCCAGCAGGCUUCGCGGGUGGUGGAGACCACAAGCGCCACCAUCCAGGAGGUGAAGGAAGACACGGAAAGCAGUUCCUCUUCCACCGAGUCCUCGCAGAGCUCCGAUUCCCAGCCUGUGGUUCAUGUUAUAGCUUCUCAAGGGCAGGAGUGGUCAGAGCAUGAAAUCGCGUUGGACACGGGUCCGACCAUCAUAUACCAGGAUAUAGCCGGAGAGUCUCAGUCGGCCACAUCCACCAUCAAGGCCCUCAUGGAGCUCCAGCAGAACACAGGUAAAGUCCGCCAGGUGGCGUCCACCUCCACCGUGAGCUCUGGGGAAGUGCCUCUCACCUCUCUCCUCCAAGUCAGCCACCCGUCGCAGCACCUGCACUCCUCGCAGACCACCCGCACCUUGCUGCAGCACGUCUCCCAGUCUCAGUCGGCGGCGCAGGCGUCCGUGGUCGUAAAGUCCAUCCCUACGUCAUCGGCGGGAGCGAUCACUCAUCUCAUGCAGCAGGCUUUGAGCAGCCACGCAGCUUUUGCCAAGAGAACGGAGGAGACCGUUACGGAGGAAGGAGAGGUCGAGGAGAUGGACACCCUGGACCCGCAGACAGGACUCUUCUACAGGUCUGCCUUGGCCCAGAAGCAGCAGAAGCAGAUCCACCUGCACCAGGAAGGCGCCCACCUCCAAGUGAAGACCGUGCAGUCCUUACAGACCAAGCAGAAGCAGAUCAUCCAGCUGCAGCCAGAGCAGAUCCAGCACAAGAUCCAGCAGAGCGCCCAGCUGUCCAUCCGCCAGCAGAGGAUCGGCCCCCUGUCACAGGACGGCGUCCAACAGCGCCACAUGCUGGUUAAAGAGAGACAGGUGCCCUCCCUGGUGUCCCAGCCCCAGCAGACCGUGGUGCAGGUGCUAGCGGUGAAGACCACCCAACAGCUACCCAAACUGCAGCAUGUCCAGGGCCAGCAGAAGAUCUACGUGCCGUCGCAGGUGUCCCAGACCCCGGUGCAGCUGUCAACAUCUUCUGAGAAAACGUCUACAACACAGGUACCCCAAACCAUAGUGUCGCAAGGAUCCGCUGUCACCAAGAUCACCUUCGAGGGACAUCAGCCUCCUAUGGUGUCCAAAGCUACUGUUGGCGAGUGUCUUCCCAAACUCACCCCGGCAGUCGCCAGCAUCCUGCCCUCAUCUGUGGUGACGGAGAAGCCUUCUGUGUCGGACAUCUUGAAAAUGUCGAUGAUGGAGGCAGAUAUCGACCCAAACGUUGAGCCCAUGAUUGUGGACCCUCCAAGCAAAGUUACCCCCAUCAUUAAACCUAUGCCAGUAUUAACUGAGGGGUCCAUACCCGCACAGGCCACAAGGCUACCUGUAUCCAGCACCGUCACGUCUACGGUCCCCCCUCCACCCAAAUGUUUUCCAGCCCCCAUAAUCACCGCUGCGCCCGCUGGCGCCCUUCCUGUUCCUUUACCGCCGCCUCCUCCGCUAACCAGGAAAGUCGACGUGCCGGUCGCCAGUCAGAUCAUCCAGAUCCAAAACGUCCCGCAAAAGAGAACCGAAGAAGUGCCUUCUGAGAUUAUCAUCCAGACCAUCCCUCAGUAUCCCAUCCCUUGUCGCUCCAGCUCCAAUGUGGUGGUGGAACCCAGCGGCCUCCUGGAGAUGAAUAACUUCACCAGCCAGAGGCUCGGAGACGAGGAUACGGUCAUCAUACAGGACGGGGACAGCGGCGGCAUGGAGGAGCGGAGCCAGCGCAACCCGACGCUCAACAUCGACAACAUGUAGCACCUUCGCCGAAGC